GCAGAAACCUCCUCGCGCCCUCUGCACUUUCUGUCGGAGGAAUUUAUCCUGCCAACCGGCAAGGCGCUCCUCCCCCACGUUACCGUUCCUUUAAAAGACGCGGGUCGAAGCCCCGCCCACUACGGAAAACGAAGAGGUCUCACGGCGGAGCCCGAUUACCGGCUCCUUCUGCCAGACGUUGUUAAUCGUCAGCCCCGGUACUGACUACUGGUGCAUUCAGCCUAUUUAUUUGACAGAGGUAUCAAAGACAUUUCAUCAGAGAAGUUUUAUCAGAGAACAUGGCUUCCUAUUUUGCAUCAACCUUGAAAGGCUAAAGCAAGCAUUCUCCUCUAAAGAAGGGCUUUUCUUCAUCAUCUGGGGUUGAUUACAGUUCUUCCUAAAAAGGAUGGCUGCUCUUUUUCUAAAGAGGUUAACAUUACAAACCGUAAAGACUGAAAAUAAUUACAUUAGAAGAUGUUUUGGUAAAUACGUUGUGCAAGAGGCGGCACCAGCACAGUUGUCCCUUAUUGCUUCUGCCCCAAGACUGUCCUACCUGAUUCAUGCAAAAGCUUUUAGUAGUGUUGAAGACACCCAGGAUGGAAGAAAAAAGAAAAAAAGGAGUGAAACAGAUUUUAGUAAUGUUGGAAGGAAAAUUAGUGAGCGAAUUAUUCAUGUACUUGAUGAGAAGGGCAAUGAUUUGGGGAACAUGCACCGAGCAAAUGUGAUUCGACUCAUGGACGAGCGAGACCUGAGGCUUGUUAAAAGGAACACCAGUGCAGAGCCUCCAGAGUACCAGCUCAUGACCGGAGUCCAGAUUCACGAAGAGCGGAUGCGACUGAGAGAGAGGGAAAAGGCCAGACCUACACCAGGACCGACCCUGACAAAGGAACUAACUUUUUCUUCAAACAUUGGAAAACAUGAUUUGGACACAAAGAGUAAACAGAUUCAGCAGUGGAUUGAGAAAAAAUACAAAGUUCAAAUUACUAUAAAGAAAGGGAAGAAUGCAGAAGAGCCAGAAAAUAAAAUAGAGGAGAUAUUUAAUCACAUACUCAAGACUAUGCCUGGAACAGCUACCUUCUCAAACAGGCCACAGUCUGUUAGAGGAGGAAAAGCUGUAAUGUGUGUUCUUCGUCAUUUGAGCAAAAAGGAAGAGAAUACAUAUAGAGAAACUCCAGGGACCCAGAAAGGAGACACUUUGAACAAAGAAAAUGGAAACGAUAGAGAAUUAGAUGUUCCGCAUCCAUGAUUUUAAUAAAGAAAAAAAUGAGCU